AUGGCCGGGAAGAAGGAUGAGAGAGAUAAAGGUGUUGAACUAAUCGAGAAAUGCCCUAAAGAUAGAUUAGAGGAGAAUCAAGAACAUUUGCAAAUUGCAAUAUUCUCUCUGGACUCUGCUCGAUGGUUUUCCAGAGAAAAUUUUGAAAAACAUCUGGAUUCAUUAUCAGUAUCAAAGGCUACACAGAAAGUAGUUUUUAAUUGCCUAUUGCCAAGAAAAAAUGAAAUCAAAUUGGCUCAAAUAGCAAAAACUUGUCGUAUUUCCCAAGGUUCACUGAAAGAUUUUGACUGGAAAGUGAAGCUCAUCAUGGCUACUGAUAAACUGGCAAAUAUGAGGGAACCAGUGCUCUCACUUGACCUUGAUAUUCAAGAUCAAAUAGGAGUAAAGCAAGUUUCUGUUGAAAUAAGCAAAGAUGAAUUAAAGGAAAUAAUUACCUUGUUAGAAUCUGCCAACAAGGUCGUAAUGCAACUGAAAGGAUGAUGAAGACUUUUGGAUCAUUGUUGAUGGUUCACAAUUUUCUCCAAAAUCAACUCGCUGAAAAGAAUCACCAAAAUUGGUGGAACAAAAGUCAAUUUAAAUCAAAUCAAAAAAAUUAUCUUAAUAAUAAUUGAAACAAUUUUCUUGUGAUAAGUGGAAUGUUACAAAAAAUCCAAAACGUUUUUCGUGUCAGUCAAAAGUAAUACUUUGGUCUACUUCAUGGUUAGUAAGAAUGAUUAAAAAUAAUUCAAUGAUAAGUUAAAAUUACUUGAUAAGUUAAAAUUCAGAGCAAUGCUCAUUGGAAUUAGAUUUAUUAAAGGAUUUUGUAAGUA